GCCGGGCAGGACGCCACAGAGAUCCGCGAUGUCCAAGGCCAAGAAGGCGCUCCUUCAAGAGCUGGGCCAAACGCACCUUUUCGACGGCUGGGGCUCCAAGCCAUCGGCGGCCGACGAGUCGCGCUUCUACAAGCAGAUCGAGGACCUCGACGCCUCGUACCCGGGCGGCCUCAAGGCGUACGUCGAUAACGGCCGCAAGCUGCUCGCCGACUCCAAGGCUGGAGUCAACCCGCUCGAGGGCUGGACGCCGAGCGUGCCGGUGGGCGAGACCGUCGCGUACGGCACGCCCGAGUUUGACGAGGUUGAGGCGGCCGGCAUGGCGGCUGUCAGCGGCGGCGGGUGCGGCUUUGUGCUGGUCGCGGGCGGGCUGGGCGAGCGGCUGGGCUACUCGGGGAUCAAGGUGCAGCUCCCGACGCAGCUGACCACCGGCACCACCUACCUCGAGCUCUACAUCCGCCACAUCCUCGCGCUGCAAGGGAGCGGCGCGCCGCUGCCGCUCGCAAUCAUGACCUCGGGGGACACCGACGCGCAGACCCGCGCGCUGCUGGACGCAAACGCAAACUUCGGCAUGAGGGCGGGGCAGGUCACCAUAGUCCGGCAGGAGAAGGUCGCCUGCCUCGCGGACAACGACGCGCGCCUCGCGGCGGACCCGAAGGACCCCUACAAGCUCCUCACUAAGCCGCACGGCCACGGGGACGUGCACUACCUCCUCCACUCGAGCGGCACUCUCGACGCCUGGCUCGAGUCGGGCGUGCAGUGGGUGUACUUUAUGCAAGACACAAACGCGCCGUCGCUCAAGGUGCUGCCCGCCGCAAUCGGCAUCUCGCGGCGGAACCAGCUCGACGUGAACUCGGUCUGCGUGCCCCGCAUGCCGGGCGAGGCGAUCGGCGGGCUGAUGAAGCUGACGCACGCCGACGGGCGCACCCAGACCGCAAACGUCGAGUACAACCAGAUCGACGCGCUGCUCAAGGCGAGAUACGAGGAGAUCUGGGGAGAUAUGGGGAGAUAUGGGGAGCCGAGGGGAGACGUCGCCGAUCCUGCGACCGGCCGGUCCCCCUACCCAGGCUCCAUCAACCAGCUCCUGUUCGCGCUUGGGCCGUACGCCGCGCAGCUGCACAAGACCGGCGGCACCAUGCCCGAGUUCGUCAACCCGAAGUACGCCGACGCGAGCAAGACCAAGUUCAAGUCGCCCACGCGGCUCGAGUGCAUGAUGCAGGAGACGCCUCUCCCCAUAUCUCCCCAGAUCUCCCCAGAUCUCCCCGACUACCCCAAGUCGCUGCCCCCCUCGGCGCGGGUCGGCUUCUCCGUCAUCUCAAACACGACCGCCUUCUCGCCCGUCAAGACCAACCUGGCCGACGCGCGGGCAAAGUCGGCAAAGGGCGAGCCGACCUACUCCGCCGCCUCGGGCGAGGCAGAUGUCUACGCCUCCGCCUGCGAGGUGCUCGCCGCGUCGGGCGUCCGGCUGCCGCCGCCGGUGCACGCCAUCCGCGACGGCGUCGGCGUCGUCGACACGCCGCGCGUCGUCAUCGACCCUUCCUUUGGCCCCACCCUCGCCGCGGUGCGCGACAAGCUGCCCACGCCGCACGCCGUCUCGCUCGCGCAAGGGUCGACACUGGUCCUCGAGGGCGACCUCACGCGGGUGCGGCUCGAGGCGCUCUCGCUCGACGGUGCGCUCGUCGUGCGCGUCGUGCCCGGCGCCGACGUGACGAUCCGCAACCUGCGCGUGAGCAACAAGGGGUGGGAAUCUCCCACCCUCUCCGACGUAGGCGAGCUGACGGGCGGCGAGCCGGAGGAGCUCGCCAUCCGAGGGUACAAGCUGCGCAAGCUGCAGACGCGCGAGCUCAUCUUUGACCAGCCGGGCGUGUACGUCGUCGACGACGGCCCGCUCGGCUUGCCCGCCCUCGUCAACUCCUUCUCGCUGCUCGGCGUCGCCGUCGCGCUCGCCGCCGCGCUCGCCGGCAUGGUGCUGCUGCGCCGUUCGCCGUGA